AUGAAGAAUUUCCAAGCGGCAUCCGGUAUUUCAAUGCAAACGGCUGUUUUUAACGAAAUCGGUGGAAAUCAAAUAACUAAUAACUACACCGUUCGGGAGGAGAGGGAGCGUAACAUCUACGAUGAGUUCAGAUACAUACGGCUUGGAGAUGUGGAGAUGAUCCGGGAGCUUGGCAACGUAACAUUUCGCAAGUUGGAUGAGUUCCAGGGCGUAGUCAGAUCAACGUUCACUGCCAUUGUUCAUUGCAGUCAAGGUUCAAAGUGUACGGUGUUAUCGUAUAGCGGGCCUGAUGCAGAGCAAUGGGAGAGGGAUUUUAGACAGGUCUCUGGGCUACGAAAUACACAAAUGAUGCAAUUGUUCGGAAUCAACCGGUCAAAUGUUCCCCUGUUAAUAUUCCACAGUGAGCUCGUGCCUCUCGUCCAGGUUUGGCGUGACCUUCCCAUCUUGGGACGGGCGUACUUCAGAACAUUAGCACUGAUGAAAUUCGAUUGCCACGAAAUAGCAUUGUGGAUAGAUCCCAAGCGAGGAAGGUUGAUUUGUGGACUUAUGGGGUCAGGUUGUGACUCUAUUGAAGGCUUACUGUUGGAGACCCCGACAAUGUCGUCAAAUAUUGACCUUCUCCAAGAGGAUGUUUUCUGGCGCUAUCUCCCUGGGGUCAAGCCAUCGGAUAGAGAAUUUGAUGAAUGUGUUAUUGCAACACUUGCGUUACAGUAUGAUUAUAUCCAAGGCUCUUACUCACACAACCGUGUGCCUUGGGUCACCGGUGUACAUUCGACCGUGACGGAAUCCCCAAUCGCAAUCGCAGUUGUGCCGUGGAUUUCGGAUGAAUGUUUUGACGACAGACUACUUAUGGCAGACGGUGCAGCAAGAUUCACUCUGCUCAAUGUUCGUAAGGAUGUCUAUUUCUGGCUUAUAGACUUAGACCUCCGGAUCAGCCGUGCAUGGCUCUCGCAAGCUCCGGCUGUCUUCCACAAACUCGGAAUCUCACUGGACGAAGAUCUCGAUCUCGGUGUGCCAAAUCUUGGAUUGGUGGGAUGGAUCGACGGCGAUGAAGUGUUUUGGCAACGACGUCAUAGACACGGACCAAUCUAUUUAUACAUCCUUCCCCGUCGCCAACACUCCCGCACACUCCGAGUUUUUUGGUCUUCCGAUGAAAACGGCAAAAGAGGGUUUUCAGAGGGGGCGCGCAGAUACCUUGGCCUUUCCACGGGGACGGGAUUCUCAGACCCGAUGCAAUAUUCCUGGACCACCCAGGUAUACAAAGAAAUGCAAAGGUGGCAAGUCUCUCGAGGCUUUGACCCAACAACCACCGACUUUGCUCGUUACCUCGGACAUCCUAUCUUUGAUGUCAUGCAAUCCGACACAUCCCGAUUUGAAGAGCUUGAUGAAGGUGAGUAUCACUCAAGGGGGAGUAUCGCUCAUCCCGUUGAGCUGUGGCUGAAUCCUGAUAUUGCCAACUUCCACACUCCGGACUCUGAAGAUCUUUCCUUGGAUCAACUCUUCUACGACACUCAGAGUACAACCAAAGAGAGAAAUCCUCCAGAAACUAAUCAGUCGGCAGCUGUUUCAAAGGGCAACUCCCUCUGGUCACUCCUCACAGCCCCAUUCUCAUGUGAAGCUUUUGAGGGGUCGGAUAUUCCUGCUAUGGUGAUGUAG